CAAAAGUGAAAAUACACAAAAUUCAAGUACGGAUAAUAAGAUGGUAAAAAGCUCUGAUCUUAUAUCCAUAGAAAAAUUAUCUAAUGAUUCUAAGGUGUCAGAAUCGAAUAAAAUAUCGGCCCAGCUAUUAUCAAAUGUAAAUACAGUAGCAGCGAUAACUCCAGUUUCCGAAGUUGAUAGCGAAUCGACACAGCUAACUAAAAAAAAAUUAGAUAAAUAUGUAAUUUAUCCAAAAGAAGAAUUUGCUGUAGUAAUAUCUCAAUCAUUACAAGAAAUUCAACAGCAAGUAUCAGACAUUUUGGAAGAGUUUGAACAAGAAUCUGUAAUAUCACCUCAUCCAGUUUCACGACUAGCAGAAGCUCUUGAAAAUCUUCGAAGAACUAUUAUGACAGUUAAAUCCAAUGUUUCACAAAUAGCUCUUGAAGUGUAUAAUAAAAAUUCUGAAGUAUCUCAUAUGGAAUCUUGUGAAAGCACUGAACGAAUUUCUCUAUCGUUAAAGGAAUUAUUGCAACCAAUUUUAGAAAUUCGUGAGGCGUUAAUUCAAACCCAAGAUCACAGAGCACCUGAAUUAUUACUUUUAAAUCGUCUUGAUCAACCAAUUCGAGCAAUUGAAUUUAAUGUAUUGCAAUUAGCUUUGGAAGCACAUUCGCAUACAGUAGAAAGUGAUAGAUCAUCGAGUCGAAUAAGUUUGGACACAAUGGCCCGUGCACUAGAAGAUAUUGAAUCUCAAAUUCCCGUUGCUCUAGAUGAAGUAAAUUCACGUCAAGAAGUGUUAAAUAUCUUACAGAAUGUUUUGAAACCAGUUGAAGUAAUUAGAGAAAGAAUGCACGAAAUAUCAUCAGAUACAUUAAAAGAAAGCGAUUUAGAAUUAGAUAUUGCAAAUACACUCAAUGAUCCGAUCAAUAAAUUUAGAGACGCAUUAAGCGAAUUAUUUUAUCAAGUUGAUAAUGCAGAUUGUAAUGACGAUAAGAAUAGAGAGGCGCCCUUACUUUUGCAGUUCCUAAUUGAACCGCUUGUUGAAUUGCAAAGUUCAUUAUCUGUUGUUAGAAGUAGUAGAAAAACUUCAAUUACUGAAGCAGCUUUGUUGGGUGAACGAAAGAAUGUUAUUUUGCUAGCUAUUAAAGAAGUAAGAAAUGGUAUCGAUAAAAUUCGUAAUGUCAUUAAUAAAACACGAAAAUUAAUUCCAAUAGAAAACCUGAUACUUGCAACUAUAAAUACAUUAGAUUGGGGUAUGGUUAUUGUUCAAAAUCAAGUGAGUAAAGCCAAUUAUGCACAGCCACAAAGUUGUUUAACAACUUUAAAUACAAGAACUAUUGUGCCGUUACAACAACUUGGAGAAAAAAUUGCAUUUAUUGAAGAAAAAAUGGAUCAUACAACAUUAAAAUUUAUUGUCGAGCCUUUAGAAACAUUAUCUAAACAAGUAUAUGUAGCUCAAAUGCAAUUAGAAUCAUCGGAACAAUCAUUGGAUGAAGAAGUCAUUAUCGAAGGUUUUCUAUAUCCGGUUCAACGUUUACUUUCAUCUUUAGAAUCUAUGAAACAUUUUGAAAAUUGUGAUAUUCAUGUAAAUGAUAUGAAUCUUUUACUAGAAUUAGAACAAUGUACUUCAAAUUUUGGCUCAGCAUUAUUAACAUUGCAAAAUGAAUUAAUACAGGAAGGUGCUGACGAAAAUGCUUCAAUAAUUGAAACAUUGACAGCUGUUUUAAUUCCAUUAAAUAAUAUAAAAAGUAUUGUCAAAGCAAUUUCAGAAAGUAUAACAAAUAAUUUAUAUACUGAAGUAUGCGAUGAAUCUCCAACUAUAUUAACAACAGUCGAUACAUUUGUUGAUGAAUUUAUUGAGGUAUCAAAAAGAGAACUGGAAAGUUUAACUACAUUAAAAUUCGCUACAAUAGAAACGAUUGAACAAAAUGAAAAUGAAUUACUCGAUUUUACCAAUGAAAUAAUAACAAGAAUUGCUACAAAAAUAAAUGAUGAAGAUUUAGAGAAAUAUGAUGAAGUAAUACCAUUGGAAAAAUUAAUGGAAACUUCAAUAUCGAAUAACAGUUAUUCAAACCAUUUAUUGCAUGAAAAAUCUGAAACAUAUGCUUUUAAUAGUCCAGAUUCGGAAUCAGAUUUUGUUACAGAAAAUCGUGACAGUACAACAGUAUUGUGGUCUUUAAUUAAAGAACCUUUGUUUAACUUAGUGAAAUCUAUUUCAUUAAUUAUUGAAUCCCCUUUAUUAAUUAGUAGAUUUGAUAAAGGAGAUGUAAGUAUGCACCAGGGCCACACAAUUAUAGAACGUUUAAUAGAUUUACAAAAAUCUAUUGCUGAUCUGCAGCAUAUAACGAAUGAGGAUUUUGAGCAAAUGACUUUUACUUCGUGGCAAGAAAAUAGCUUGCCGACAUUAAAAAAUUUAGCUUCAUCUUUAGAAGUAUUAGGAGAACAUUUACCUAUAUUAUCAGAGCAUAGUAAUACAAUGGAACACAAAACAACUUUUGUUGAAAUAUAUAGUAGCACUAAUGUAGCAAACGCAUUAAAAACAUUAAUCACGCCAUUACAGAAAUUAAAAGAAUGUUUAGGUUCAAUAAUUGAAGAACAAAUUUCCUAUGAAUCAGGAAAUAUAAAAGAUUUAAGUGAAAGUAAAGUUAAAAUAACUAAGAUUCAAGAUGAAACUAUAAUCUCACCACCAGAACAAAAAGUUACUAUUAGUGGUUUACCAAUACAACAUUGUAAAUUAUCUGAAGAAAUAGUAGAUGAUGAAAUAACUGAGAUUCAUGAUUCUUCUGAACAAACUAUUAUGAAUUAUCAACAAAUCGAACAGCCAAUUUCCAUUGAAAAAGGUAAUGAAUUAAAACAUGUAUUAAAUAAAGAACCAGAAAUCGAGAUAGAUGCAAAGCGUAAUGAAUCAGUUCAAGAUCCUUUUAUUGCAGUUAAAAAUUUAGAACUUGUUCAAGUAAAGGAUUUGCUAUUUACUAAUCAGUUGGAAACUAUUGAGAAUAAAAUAAAUCAAACAAACGAUAUUUCAAUGACCUUAAAUAAAAUUACGUUGAAUUAUCCUGAGAGACAAAACUUUUUAAAACAAUUUGAAGCACAUCAGAAAGAAAAUAUCGAUCACAACACAGAAAACACUAUGUCAAUUCUAUUAGAUAAUGAGAAUCUACAAAAUUUAAAAUCUAUACCAAUAGAAAUGCAGAAAAUUCAACGACUAAAUUCAUCUACCAUAAACCUAUCAGAAUUUGAAACUGGAAAUCUUGGUAAUAUAGAAUCUUUAUGUCCACUAAAAUUAGAAAAUAUAAAAGAAAUUAUGAAGAAAUCAAAUACAGAAUUGGAUAAUACAUCAGCGAUCAUAAAUGCUAAUAAAAAAUUAGCAACACAAUCAUUUGAUAUUCAAAGCCAAGAAGUGCAAUGUCUAUUAUUAAAAGCAAAUACAGAUGUGGAAAAGUUGAUUUCUGAAGAAAAUAUUGAACAGUUGAAAGAUUUAGAUAAUAGGUUAGUAGAAGAAAAUAAAAUUUUUAUGACUAAAAGUGAACAAAUGCAAUUACCAAGUGAAAUUGCAAUUACGAGCACACAAGAUAUUUUAACUCCUAUACAAUUAGCAACAGAUGAAGUUUUAAUCGAUAAAACAAUAUUUGAUAUUGACAUUCAAACCAUAGAUCCAAUUAUCGUAUCAACUGAUAAAGAUCAUCAGCACAACAUGCAGACAAAGCCAAUUAAUUUAUCACUAGGAAAUCAAGUAUCUUUAGAUAAUUUAGCAGUUGUAGAAGUAAAACAAGAUGCAAAUGAAAAUAUAAUUCACAGUACAGAAUCAAUGUCAUCAAAAACAUGGCAACAUGAUAAUGUUCAAGCGUUAACAAAAUUAUCUUCUUCUUUAAACGAAGUUGCAGAAAUAAUGAGUAUAUCAUUAGACGAUAAUAUCAUGCCAAAAGAUUAUAUGCAUUUGAAGGAAUUUACUGGAAAGGCUGAUAUUUUAGAUGCAUUAUAUCCUCUUCUAAAUCCUUUACAUGAAUUACGUGAUCGUUUAGCAUUUAUUAAGGACAUGCAAAUGCUUUCGGAUUAUGAAAUAGAACUUUCAGAUUUAAUGCAUGUAAACGAUAGUACUGAAGAGAUGAAUGAAAGCAAAAAAGCGAUAAUUAUACAAAGAAAAGACGAAACAGACUGUAAUAAACUAGAAUAUUAUGAAAAAGAAGAUAAAAAAGAACAACUAGAAGCAAGUGAACCAAAAAAAUUGGAUAAUACAAAUAACCAAAUAGAGAAUAUGAUAGGCCAAAAGCAAGUAUUAAUUGCAGAAGAUACCGACAAUAAUGAAAAUAUAAAGAAAAAACAACAGCAAUUAGUAGAAAUGCAAAAAGGAAAAUCGAAUAAAUUUCAAGAAGAUAAAAUUCAAAAGGAAGAUGAAACUGCCAUGUCAGAGGAAAUGUACGAUGAUAAUAAAGAUAAUAAACAAUUCUUAUUAGAAAGUCAAGAUAAGGAAAACGAUGAAUCUCAAAUAUUGGGUAUGGAAAUCGAAAUUCAACAAAAUAAAAAUAAUCUGGCAGAUGCUGCCCAAAUAAACAAUGAAGAGUUAAAAAUAUUGAGAAAAAUAAUUGCAAAACUAGAUUCAUAUGAAGAAGAGAAAACAAUUAGCGAUAGGAUGAAGUCAGAACAGAAAGAAAUAGAAACAAAAGACACAAAAGAAAAAUUGCGUAAGGAAUUAGAAGGCGUAAACGUAGAGACACUGGAACAAGAAAGAAAGCAGGACGUGGAAAGAAAAAAGGAAGCAGCAGCAAAGUUAGCAUUCGAACAAAAAGAAAAUCAAAAACAAGCGAAAGAAGAUAAACUAGGCAAAGCGAUAGAUCAAUGCCAAGAAACUGAAAAACUAGAAACAGAAAGAGAAAAUAAGGAAAAGCAGGACGCUGAAUUAAUAGAAUUGAAAGGACAAGGGAGUAAAAAACAAGCUCACGAAGAAAAAUUGUUUAGGGAACAAGAACAGCGAGAAGCUGCUGAGAAACUAAAAAAAGCAGGAAAAAAUAAUGAAAAAAACACAGCUGAACAGUUCGAGUUGGAACAAAAAGAAAUAUUGCAUAGCGAACAAGAUGAAUACGCAGAAGCAGAGGAAUUGGAAAAAGAAAGGGUAAGGAGAACAAUGGAGGAAGCAGAAGAGUUAGAGCUCGAACAAAAAGAAAGUCAAAGACUCGCCUUAGAAGACAAUCAGCGUAGAGAACAAGAGCAACGCGAAGAAGACGAGAAACUGGAAAAAGAAAGGACAGAGAGAGAAAAGGAGGAAGCUGAAAAGUUAGAGCUCGAACAAAAAGAAAGUCAAAGACUCGCCUUAGAAGACAAUCAGCGUAGAGAACAAGAGCAACGCGAAGAAGACGAGAAACUGGAAAAAGAAAGGACAGAGAGAGAAAAGGAGGAAGCUGAAAAGUUAGAGCUCGAACAAAAUGAAAACACAAAACGGGCCGAUGAAGAAAAACGACAUAGAGAACAAAAGAAACGCGAAGAAGACGAGAAAUUGGAAAAAGAAAGAGAAGAGAGAGAAAAGGAGGAAGCUGAAAAGUUAGAGCUCGAACAAAAAGAAAGUCAAAGACUCGCCUUAGAAGACAAUCAGCGUAGAGAACAAGAGCAACGCGAAGAAGACGAGAAACUGGAAAAAGAAAGGACAGAGAGAGAAAAGGAGGAAGCUGAAAAGUUAGAGCUCGAACAAAAAGAAAGUCAAAGACUCGCCUUAGAAGACAAUCAGCGUAGAGAACAAGAGCAACGCGAAGAAGACGAGAAACUGGAAAAAGAAAGGACAGAGAGAGAAAAGGAGGAAGCUGAAAAGUUAGAGCUCGAACAAAAAGAAAGUCAAAGACUCGCCUUAGAAGACAAUCAGCGUAGAGAACAAGAGCAACGCGAAGAAGACGAGAAACUGGAAAAAGAAAGGACAGAGAGAGAAAAGGAGGAAGCUGAAAAGUUAGAGCUCGAACAAAAAGAAAGUCAAAGACUCGCCUUAGAAGAAAAACGGCAUAGAGAACAAAAGAAACGCGAAGAAGACGAGAAAUUGGAAAAAGAAAGAGAAGAGAGAGAAAAGGAGGAAGCUGAAAAGUUAGAGCUCGAACAAAAAGAAAGUCAAAGACUCGCCUUAGAAGAAAAACGGCAUAGAGAACAAAAGAAACGCGAAGAAGACGAGAAAUUGGAAAAAGAAAGAGAAGAGAGAGAAAAGGAGGAAGCUGAAAAGUUAGAGCUCGAACAAAAAGAAAGUCAAAGACUCGCCUUAGAAGAAAAACGGCAUAGAGAACAAAAGAAACGCGAAGAAGACGAGAAAUUGGAAAAAGAAAGAGAAGAGAGAGAAAAGGAGGAAGCUGAAAAGUUAGAGCUCGAACAAAAAGAAAGUCAAAGACUCGCCUUAGAAGACAAUCAGCGUAGAGAACAAGAGCAACGCGAAGAAGACGAGAAACUGGAAAAAGAAAGGACAGAGAGAGAAAAGGAGGAAGCUGAAAAGUUAGAGCUCGAACAAAAUGAAAACACAAAACGGGCCGAUGAAGAAAAACGACAUAGAGAACAAAAGAAACGCGAAGAAGACGAGAAAUUGGAAAAAGAAAGAGAAGAGAGAGAAAAGGAGGAAGCUGAAAAGUUAGAGCUCGAACAAAAAGAAAGUCAAAGACUCGCCUUAGAAGAAAAACGGCAUAGAGAACAAAAGAAACGCGAAGAAGACGAGAAAUUGGAAAAAGAAAGAGAAGAGAGAGAAAAGGAGGAAGCUGAAAAGUUAGAGCUCGAACAAAAAGAAAGUCAAAGACUCGCCUUAGAAGAAAAACGGCAUAGAGAACAAAAGAAACGCGAAGAAGACGAGAAAUUGGAAAAAGAAAGAGAAGAGAGAGAAAAGGAGGAAGCUGAAAAGUUAGAGCUCGAACAAAAAGAAAGUCAAAGACUCGCCUUAGAAGAAAAACGGCAUAGAGAACAAAAGAAACGCGAAGAAGACGAGAAAUUGGAAAAAGAAAGAGAAGAGAGAGAAAAGGAGGAAGCUGAAAAGUUAGAGCUCGAACAAAAAGAAAGUCAAAGACUCGCCUUAGAAGAAAAACGGCAUAGAGAACAAAAGAAACGCGAAGAAGACGAGAAAUUGGAAAAAGAAAGAGAAGAGAGAGAAAAGGAGGAAGCUGAAAAGUUAGAGCUCGAACGAAAAGAAAGUCAAAUGCAGGCCGAAGAUGAAAAACGGCGUAGAGAACAAGAGCAACGUGAAGAAGACGAGAAACUGGGAAAAAAAAGGGUAAAGAAAGAAAAGGAGAAAGCUGAAAAGCUAGAGCUCGAACAAAACGAAAAUAAAAAACGUGCCGACGAAGAAAAAUGGCGUAGAGAACAAGAGAAACGCGAAGAAGACGAGAAACUGGAAAAAGAAAGGGAAGAGAGAGAAAAAGAGGAAGCUGAAAAGUUAGUGCUGUUACAAAAAGAAAGUCAAAGACUCGCCGAAGAAAAGAAUCAGCGUAGAGAACAAGAGCAACGCGUAGAAGAUGAAAAACUGGAAAAAGAAAGGGUAAAGAGAGAAAAGGAGGAAGCUCAAAACUUAGAGCUCGAACAAAAAGAAAGUCAAAGACUCGCCUUAAAAGAAAAACGGCAUAGAGAACAAAAGAAACGCGAAGAAGACGAGAAAUUGGAAAAAGAAAGAGAAGAGAGAGAAAAGGAGGAAGCUGAAAAGUUAGAGCUCGAACAAAAAGAAACUCAAAGACUCGCCGAAGAAGAGAAUCGGCGUAGAGAACAAGAGAAACGCGAAGAAGAUGAAAAACUGGAAAAAGAAAGGGUAAAGAAAGAAAAGGAGGAAGCUGAAAAGUUAGCAUUGACACAAAAAGAAAGUCAAAGACUUGCCGAAGAAGAGAAUCGACGUAGAGAACAAGAGCAACGCGAACAAGACGAGAAACUGGAAAAAGAAAGGGUAAAGACAGAAAAGGAGGAAGCUGCAAAGUUAGAGCUCGAACAAAACGAAAAUAAAAAACGUUCCGACGAAGAAAAACGGCGUAGAGAACAAGAGCAACGCGAAGAAGACGAGAAACUUGAAAAAGAAAGGACACAGAGAGCAAAGGAGGAAGCUGAAAAGUUAGAGCUCGAACAAAACGAAAAUAAAAAACGUUCCGACGAAGAAAAACGGCGUAGAGAACAAGAGCAACGCGAAGAAGACGAGAAACUUGAAAAAGAAAGGACACAGAGAGCAAAGGAGGAAGCUGAAAAGUUAGAGCUCGAACAAAACGAAAAUAAAAAACGUUCCGACGAAGAAAAACGGCGUAGAGAACAAGAGCAACGCGAAGAAGACGAGAAACUUGAAAAAGAAAGGACACAGAGAGCAAAGGAGGAAGCUGAAAAGUUAGAGCUCGAACAAAACGAAAAUAAAAAACGUUCCGACGAAGAAAAACGGCGUAGAGAACAAGAGCAACGCGAAGAAGACGAGAAACUUGAAAAAGAAAGGACACAGAGAGCAAAGGAGGAAGCUGAAAAAGAACAAGAGAAACGCGAAGAAGAUGAGAAACUACAAAAAGAAAGGGUAAAGAGAGAAAAGGAGGAAGCUAAAAAGUUAGCAUUGAAUCAAAAAGAAAGUCAAAGACUCGCCGAAGAAGAGAAUCGGCGUAGAGAACAAGAGCAACGCGAUGAAGAUGAAAAACUGGAAAAAGAAAGGGUAAAGAGAGAAAAGGAGGAAGCUGAAAAGUUGGCAUUGAAACAAAAAGAAAUUCAAAGACUCGCCGAAGAUGAGAAUCGGUGUAGAGAACAAGAGAAACGCGAAGAAGAUGAAAAACUGGAAAAAGAAAGGGUUAAGAGAGAAACGGAGGAAGUUGAAAAGUUAGAGCUUGAACAAAACGAAAAUAAAAAACGUGCCGACGAAGUAAAACGGCGUAGAGAAGAAGAGAAACGCGAAGAAGAUGAGAAACUGGAAAAAGAAAGGGUUAAGAAUGAAAAGGAGGAAGCUGAAAAGUUAGCAUUGAAACAAAAAGAAAGUCAAAAACUCGCCGAAAAUGAAAAACGGCGUAGAGAACAAUUGCAACGCGAAGAAGAGGAGGUACUGGAAAAAGAUAGGACAGAGAGAGAAAAAGAGGAAGCUGAAAAGUUAGUGCUGGAACAAAAAGAGAAUCAAAAGCUGGCCGAAGAUAAAAAAUGUCGUAGAGUAGAAGAGCAACGCGAAGAAGACGAGAAAGUUGAAACGGAAGGGGUAAAGAGAGAAAAGGAGGAAGCUGAAAAGUUUGCGUGGGAAGAAAAUGAAUAUCAAAAAAGCGCGUUCAAUGAAUUCAAAAAAGAGUUUGAACAAUCUGAGUCAUUGGAAAGUGAAAAUCUAAAGCUAGAAAAAUUUGGAGUCGAAAAGUCAUACCAACAGCAACAUGAUGUUGUAAAACCUGUUACAGCAGGUAUAUUAAGCAAGGAUACCGAUAGUAAGGAUAGUAAAGUAAGACGAGAAAUAGAGGAAGCUAAUAAUUGUUUAUUAGAAGACAUUACCACCCGUAGUUGUUUGAAAAAUUAUAUUGACAGUUCUGGAAAUAUUCCUGGAGAUGAGGGUUGUCUGAAAAUUCAAUCUUCUAAUCUUAAAUCUUCAUCAUUAUUUAAUAUACAUAAAGCUAGUGGAGAAAAUCGAAUGACUUGUAGCAAUAUAUCUGAUUUGAAACUUGAUAGCAUUCAAACUCGUUGUAGAUUGAAUCUUAAACAUAACAAAUUUUUAUCUAGAUCAAGAGAAGAUUUAUUAAAUAAUGAACAUGAUAUGAAAUUUGCUCGUGCCCCACUUUGUAGAGGCACAAGUGUUUUUGAUGUGACUAUAAAUAGUAAAUUUACCAAUACAAUUGGAAAUAAAUAUUCGACAUCCUUACUUAAUUUUGACUCAGAAUUAAAAAAUCGAAAUGUUGCAAAGAUGCUUAAUACGAAUAGAAUAGAUUUCCAAUAUACUAAAUACAACCCAAAAUCAUUUCAUUCUAAUUAUCAUUCCAUGUCAGUGUCCGAUUGUCUUGCUUUAAGUCGUUCUCGUAGAAGAUUUGAAUCGAGAAGUUCCAUUGCUAGUUAUGAAGUUCCAAAAUCUCCAACAAUGAACUUUGAUUUGCUGAAGGGUCUCAUAUACGACUUAUAUGUACUGCGAUUGGACAACCAGAGCCCCAAGUUUAUUGGACUAAAAAUGGAGAUCGAGUAA